AUGGCUUUUGGAACGUGCUCCAUCUGUAGAGAGGCUCAGGCCAAAUACAAAUGCCCGAAAUGCUCAGUGGAAUACUGUUCUCUCGGCUGUUUCAAGAACCCUUUGCAUUCCCAUACGGAGAUAGGUGUGCCGGACACUGAAGUUAAUUCAGAAAAGAUUGCUUCGUCGUCACAUGAAAACGACGAGGCACCCAAGAAAGAGGACGUGUUCGCCCAAAUUGCCAACGAUCCUGUGAUAAAAUCCCUUCUCAAGUACAAGUCAUUGCAAGUCCACCUAGGGGUGCUUAUCAAGCUUGCCUCCGACUCUCAGUUUACCAAUGAACCAUUAGCCGAGAACAGGCGGGAAAUCGCAAACAUGCGGCUCUGUGAACUUCGUAUGGGAGGGUCAGAAGAAAAUGAGCUUGUGGAGGAGUUUGUUGAGCGUGUGCUUUCCCUCAUGGAAAAGAACGGAUCGUAA